AUGCCGACGAACACCCACGGCGACGACGAACACGGUCACGGCGGAAUUCAUCUCCCCGACAUGUCCUACUACCCGAUCAUUCUGGCCGCCGGACUAACCAUCAUCGGCGCCGGACUGAUGACUAUCGUCCCGAUCCGAUUCCCGAACGGAAAGCGACCUGAAUUGGCAGCCGCAACCGGUACAUACGAAAUCAAGAGCGAACACGGCGAAGUAAUCAACACUUCGACCGGCUUGAGCAACAAAAAACUGCUCAUGUGGUCGUUCCUCGGAUCCGACGUCAUGUUCUUCGGAUCCUUCAUCGCGACCUACCUCGUUUACCGCAACCGCAGCCUAGUCGGACCUUACCCGGCAGACGUUCUCGAAAUCCCGAUCACGUCCGUCUCAACGUUCGUGCUGCUGAUGAGCUCGCUAGCUAUGGUGCUCGCCCUUUCGUAUAUCCAACAAGGACGCCAGAAGAUGGGCACCUUCUGGAUAUUCUCGGUCGUCGUUCUCGGUGCGAUCUUCCUGCUUUUCCAGGUCUACGAGUUCAACCACUUUGGGCAACUCGGCCUUACGCCGCGCACAAACUUGUUCGGGACGACCUUCUUCAUCCUCACCGGUCUGCACGGCGCCCACGUAACUCUCGGAGUGAUCUGGCUCAUCUUCCUCGGAUUCGGAAGCAUAAAAGGCUCGCUACGCGCCGACAACGCCAUCGACCUCGAGAUCGCAGGCCUCUACUGGCACUUUGUCGACAUCGUAUGGAUCGUCAUCUUUACCGUCAUAUACCUCAUCUCGGCGCGUGAUGUCGCGCCCCCAGGCAGCGUCCCAUUCGUCGGACACUGA